UGUCUUAAAAUCGCGACUAUUUUAUAAUGAAAAAUGAAAUAAUAAAAUUUGAAAAAGGGUAUUAAUGUUGCAAACAAUAAAGUGUGUUGUGAAGGUUAAUCGGAUCUUGUUAAAUAGUCGACGAAUGACAAAAAACUAGUUUAUUCAAUAGACAGAACCCCGGAAUUCGUAUAAGCCAUACAUACGAACAUACACCAUUACAUUAAAAUGAUAAACUACACAAAAGGAUAUUGGCCGCUAGUUUUAUAUUUAUUUUCAUUUGCAAUAACAUAUAUAGAUGGCUCAUUCAUAUUGCCAGAGAAUGACCCCCCUACAGCGCCAAAAUUCUUAUCGAGAGGUCACCUCUACAAGGUCAUCGUCGGGGAGACCAUAGAGUUACCUUGCAAAGUACAGAACCUCGGCUCAUUUGUGUUAUUGUGGCGGAAAGGUUCCUCCGUACUCACUGCCGGACAUUUGAAAAUAACAAGGGAUCAACGCUUCAAAAUAGUCGGUGACUAUAACUUGCAGAUAAAUGGAGUAAAGACCCAAGAUGCUGGAGACUACAUUUGUCAGCUAGGUGAUCAGGAAAAUCGCGACCAAGUUCAUACAGUAGAAAUUUUGGUCCCGCCUACGCUAAGGGCUCUUCCACAUAAUGGUCAGGUAACUGCCCGGAAGGGAAGUACUGUUACCUUGGAAUGCAAGGCCUCCGGCAAUCCGGUUCCCACAAUAUUUUGGUUCAAGAAGGAUGUUUUUUCCGGACCAACUCACCUGUCGGAUAGCUCAACAUUAAUAUUGGAAAAUGUAGACCGACAUCACGCAGGAACAUAUCAGUGUUCAGCUGAUAAUGGGGUUAAGGAUCGGGUAUCCAUGGACAUACAGCUGACCAUACUUUCUCCACCAGAAAUCACGGUGGAAAAGUCCUGGGUGCACGCGGCCGAAGGAUACGAUGUGGAACUGGUUUGCAUUGUUCAUGGCGAUGUAAACUCAGAAAUGUUGUGGUAUCAAAACUCAUUUUUACUGGAUCCAACCGAUCGUCGGUCAAUGUAUCCGCGUGAUGAUAGGUACAGCCUUAUUAUUCGAAACUUCCAGCCAACAGAUUUUGGCAAUUAUAGCUGCGUUGCUGAUAAUGCUUUGGGGAACAAAAAAUAUAUUGAAGUGUCUGGUCGACCGGGUCCAGCUGAUUUUAUUUCUCCAGCUUUAAGCGGAUUUCUAGAUCAUUACAACCUGACAUGGACAAUCGAGUCUAUACCGCCGCUUGAGGAAAUAAAGCUAUUGUACAGACGUCUUUUGAUGAAUGAAACCUACCAACAUCCUGGCAAAUGGCACGAGUAUCAUAUUAAGCCUACUCCAAUAAGGACAGAUGGUUCACACUUUUUAAUGUCAUAUCUCGUUAAAAAUUUGGAACACAAUGCUGUUUAUGAAGCAAUUGUUCAGGCUAAAAACAAAUAUGGAUGGAACGAGAUCAGCGAUAUUCACCAGUUUUAUACACGAAACCAUGACCUACUUCUUGACAUUGAUAUGGAAUAUAAAAUGGGCAUUUCCAGUAAUAUAAGAAUAUCUCCAACACUCUGUGGAAUACUUUUACCAGCAUUUAUUUUAGUAAUCUUUCCUUUCAUUAAUGUUUAAAAAUAACAUCUAGGUUUUAUUUGCAUAUAUAAUUUAAAUGGUGCCUUACUAAAACUUUAGCAAAUAAUUAAAUUUACAUGUAUGUACGUUAAGAAGUCGUAUUUAAUGUAUUAACAUCUCAAUAGAAAACUUAUCUCAUUAGAAUACUUAUACAUAUGAAUGACAUUUGAUUUUGUACAUUUGUGAAUUAGUUCUUCCUAUUUGACUGUCUUUUUUAAGGAAUUCUUCAUUAUUAAUAUCCUAAAUAGGUUUCGUUGAAUCUUUUAUUUACUCUAAAAAGGUUAUACUAAUGCAAUAUUGCAAGAUAAAUACAAAACGACUUUUUUAACUGUAGACAUUUGGUUUCGCUAUUUAGAUCAUGCCAACUAACUUUAUUUUAAAUAUUGAUUAAUAGUUCAUAAUGCUUUAAGAUGUUGUAAUUAUUCUGAUCAAAAAGUCGUAGGCUUAGGCCCAAGUUAGACCGAUCCAAGAACUGAGUACCGCAUUAUAUUAUAAUUACUUUCAAAAAAGAUAAGAGAAACCAGUCUACAUAAAAUUAAAUACUGAUAAGAAAUAAUACCUUUAAUUAAAGAUCAGAAAGUACAUGAAAGUUCAGAAAAUCUCAUAAGAGGAGUAACGGGGGUAAAGAUUUCGAAAUAAAAUAAGGAUAAGUAAGUUCUUAAAGUUGCACAAAACAUAUAUGUACAUAUAAAAUAUAUCCGCAAGUAUUCGUAAAGUUUUCAAUUUAUUCGGAUUAAUAUCCGAAUCAUAUAAGAACACUUUUACAACGUUUAUACGAUGCAUAUCCCUUUUAAUUUUAAUUAAUUUUUACUUAGUUGAUAGUGAGUAAAAAUGACACUAUGGUCAACUUCACUUUCUUUUAUUUUAAUAACUUAAAUUAAUAAUAAUGGUGGGAUAUUGUUUAACAUAUCGCGAGGUAUACAAAAAUACUCGUAGCAAACAAUCGUAUAAGCGUAGUAAUUGUUGAUUAAAUAAAACAUUCGCUUUAAUGGAUAUUUAGAAAUAGAAAAUAUGGUAAUCGGAUUCUCUACAGUUGCACAGUAUGUUCUCUUAUUUGUCUUGUCCGAUUUGUGAUUUUUUUCUCAUUAUACUAUAUGAUAAAGAGAUAAUUCCGUACAUAAAGAACCAGUUCAGUGAAAAAUGUAACAUUGUUAAUUUAAUUUUUUUAUUUUAUUUAAUUUGAAACAUAAAUAGUUUUUGUUAUAGUUAAAUUGAUUUUCAAUCUCGUAUUAUGGACACUUGUAGUUACACCAUUUGAAAAAAUACUAGGAUGGACAUGGCAAUUUAUAGCUGAAAAAGCUUAGCAAUUUAAACGUAUUCAUUACGUAAUAUAUAUACCCUCCUGUAAUCAUAAAAUACAUAAAUACAUAUUGCAAAUCGUUCAACGAUUGUAGAUACGUUAUAGGCAUACCAAUGAGAAUAAAAACAUAACUAUAGCCAUUAAAAAUUCUUAGAAUUAGGGUAAUUUUCCUAACCAAAAUGUAUUAAUUAUUAAAAUAAUGUAAUUUAUAAAAUUAUUUAUUUAAAUUCAUGUAUAUACGCACAGGCAAACAUAUUAUCUUCUUUAAGAGCCAGUUGGAUAUCUAUUUUUUUCUUUAUUUGUGAAACCAUUCGUAAAACAUUAUGAAAUUCAUGUAAAAAUUGUUUUCUCAUAUAAAAAAAUCACAAAUUAAUCAGAUAAAGAAUACUACAAAUGGUAUAUUAUUCAUAGAAUACAAUUAGAAACAUAAUCAAUCUAUAACAUUAUUAACAACUAGACGACAAAGAAAAUAUACUAACACAAUUGUAUGAUACAAAAUAAAUCUCUUGAACCGGGAGUAGUAAUUAAUUAAUAAUUAUUUUGUAAGUUUAUACGUCUGUAUAUCCCAAUAUAUGCAUAUGUAUAAUUACGAGUGCACAAACGUCCUGCAAGUUUGGAUGGGCGUGAGAAUGAAAAUAAAGCUCUUUUAUUUUAAUCAUAAGUGUUCUUAAACUUAAGCAUAGAAAAUAAUCCCAUUAGUGUUAUAAUUUCUAUAAAAGGAAAGAUUUACUUUACAGUAAACGUGUAAGAUCUACCUACUUGUAAUGAAUGGCAUUAUACAUAACAAACUUACAAAGCACGAAUAAAAUCAUUUUACUAGUAGAUUAA